GUAAUCUAGUAUCCUUAUGCAUGAAGAUAAUCAAUUCGGUCGUUGUGGUCGGACUCUAUUAUGGAUUUCUGACCACAUUCUCCAUAGGGCCCUCUUAUCUCUUCCUUCUCCGAGCUCGGGUUAUGGACGAAGGAGAAGAAGGAACCGAGAAGAAAGUAUCAGCAACAACUGGUUUUAUUGCGGGACAGCUCAUGAUGUUCAUAUCGAUCUAUUAUGCGCCUCUGCAUUUAGCAUUGGGUAGACCUCAUACAAUAACUGUCCUAGCUCUACCGUAUCUUUUGUUUCAUUUCUUCUGGAACAAUCACAAACACUUUUUUGAUUAUGGAUCUACUACCAGAAAUGAAAUGCGUAAUCUUCGCAUUCAAUGUGUAUUCCUGAAUAAUCUCAUUUUUCAAUUAUUCAACCAUUUCAUUUUACCAAGUUCAAUGUUAGCCAGAUUAGUCAACAUUUAUAUGUUUCGAUGCAACAACAAGAUGUUAUUUGUAACAAGUAGUUUUGUUGGUUGGUUAAUUGGUCACAUUUUAUUCAUGAAAUGGGUUGGAUUGGUAUUAGUCUGGAUACAGCAAAAUAAUUAUAUUAGGUCUAAUGUACUUAUUAGAUCUAAUAAGUAUAAGUUCCUUGUGUCAGAAUUGAGAAAUUCUAUGGCUCGAAUCUUUAGUAUUAUCUUAUUUAUUACCUGUGUCUACUAUUUAGGCAGAAUACCAUCACCCAUUUUUACUAAGAAACUAAAAGGAACCUCAGAAACGGAAGAAAGGGGUGGGACUAAGCAGGACCAAGAGGUAUCCGCCGAAGAAGCUCUUUUUCCUUCUCUUUUUUCGGAAGAAGGGGAGGAUCUGGACAAAAUCGAUGAAAUGGAAGAAAUCGGAGUGAAUGGAAAAGACAAAAUUAAUAAGGAUGAAUUCCACGUUCGAACAUACUAUAACUAUAAAAAAAUUUCUGAAAAUCGAGAUGGAAAUAAAGAAAAUUCGAAUUUAGAAUUUUUCAAAAUAAAAAAAAAAGAGGAUCAUUUUUUCUGGUUUGAAAAACCUUUUGUAACUCUAGUUUUCGAUUAUAAAAGAUGGAAUAGACCAAAUCGAUAUAUAAAAAAUGAUAAAAUUGAAAAUAUUAUACCUUCAUUUACAAGAGAAAAAACGCCCUCUGAUCAAGUUUCUACUUGUUGGAGUUUGAUCAAUGAAGAAAAAAAGGAAAACUUAAAAAACGAAUUUUUAAAUCGAAUUGAAGCUUUAGAUAAGAAAAGGUCUGUUGAAAAUAUACUGGAAAAAACGACUCGAUUUUGUCAUAAUGAAACUCAAAAUGAAUAUUUACCUAAAAUUUAUGAUCCACUUUUGCAUGGGAUCUCUCGCGGAAGAAUCAAAAAAUUACCUCCGUUACAAAUCAUAACUGAAACCUAUAUAAAAAAUAAUAUAGGAGGAUCUUGGAUAAACAAAAUUCAUGGUAUACUUCUGAAGAUUAAUUAUCGCAAUUUUGAGCAAACAAUCGAAAAAUUUAAUAGAAAACCUUUGUCGAUAGAUAAAGAACUUUAUUUUUUUUCAGAACCCCAAGAAGAAAAGAUUUAUUCAGAAUAUUCAGAAGAAGAAAUAAAAAUUUUCAAAUUUUUAUUUGAUGUCGUUAUAACUGAUAACAAUAAUCAAGAUCAAACUCUUAUAAAAAAUUUUAUUAAUUUCCAUGAAAUAAAUAAAAAAGUUCCUCGAUGGUCGUACAAAUUAACAAGUGAGUUGGAAGAAUUGGAAGGCGAAACUGAAGAAAAUGUACCGACAGAGCCUGGACUUCGUUCAAGAAAAGCAAAACGUGUAGUGGUUUUUACUGAUAAAGAGCCGCAUAACGAGAUUUAUACUAAUCUCAAAGAUAAUCAAAAUUCUGAUCAAAACGAUGAAAUGGCUUUGAUCCGGUAUUCACAACAAUCUGAUUUUCGUCGAGAGAUAAUUAAAGGAUCCAUGCGUUCCCAAAGGCGUAAAACUGUUAUUUGGGAAUUUUUUCAAGCAAAAUUUGGGGACUGGAAACUGAAAUACCAAAGAGCGACAAUUUUUCUAAAAGUCUCAAAAGGAAUUAAAAACUGGAUUAUCAAAAACGUGUUUUUUCUAAAAGGAAAAAAAAAAAACCUUUCAAAACCAAAUCUAAUUCCAUUAUUUGGCCUUAGAGAAAUAUCUGAAUUAAAUGAAACUAAAAAAGAUUCAAUAAUGAGUAAUCAGAUGAUUCAUGAACUAUCUGUUCAAAAAAAAUACAUGGAGUGGACAAAUUCUUCACUCAGCGAAAAAAAAAAAAAAAUUUUGAUUGAUAGAAUAAAGACAAUUAGAAAUCAAACAGAAGAAAUUUCAAAAGAAAAAGAAAACCGAACUACUAGAACUACUAGUUGUAACAAACCGCGUUAUGAUUCUAAAAUAAUGGAGUCAUCAAAAAAAAGUUGGCAGGCAUUCAAAAGAAAAAAUACCCGAUUAAUUCUUAUGACCUAUGCUCUUUAUCACAAGCAUAUGUAUUUUACAAAUUAUCACAAAUUCAAGUUAGCUGUUCUUGAAUAUAACAUAUGCAUAACAUCCUUUUUUGUUAAGAAUAAAAUAAAGGAUUUUUUUCAAGAACAAGGACUCCUUAAUUAUGAAUUGAAAGAUAAAACCUUUUUUAAUUCGGAAGUCAAUCCAUGGAAAAACUGGUUACGAAGUCAUUCUCAAUACAAUUUACCUCAGAUUGCAUGGGCUAGAUUAGUAACCCAAAAAUGGAAAAAGAAAAUAAACCAGGACUCUACCGUUCUAAAUCGAAGUUUAACAAAAGCAGAUUCAUAUGAAAAAAACAAAUUUGAUAAUUACAAAAAACAAAAUUUUUUUGAGACCAACUCAUUGUUAAACCCAAAACAUAAUUUGAAAAAAGAUUAUAUAUAUAAUCUUUUUUGCUACAAAUCUAUUAAUUCUACAGAAAAAAAAUUUGACAUGUAUAUAGGCAUUGCUCUAGAUAAUUGUUUAGUCUCUUGUUUUCUAGAAAAAUAUAAUAUUAGGGGUAUAGGGGAAAUUCCGCAUAGAAAAUAUUUGGAUUGGAGAAUUCUCAACUUUUGGUUUAGAAAAAAAGUCAAUAUUGAGCCCUGGGUUGAUACCAAGAGUCAAAAAAAAUAUAUUAAGACUAACGUUCAGAAUUAUCAAAGAAUUGAUAAAAUAACUAAUAAGGAUCUUGCCAAUCCAAAAAGUUUAUUUUUUGAUUGGAUGGGAAUGAAUGAAGAAAUACUAAAUCGUCGUAUAACAAAUUUUGAAUUGUUUUUCUUUCCAGAACUUUUCUUAUGUUCUAGUACAUAUAAAAUGAAACCGUGGGUCAUACCAAUUAAAUUACUUCUUUUCAAUUUUAAUGAAAAAAAAAAAAAUGUUAAUAAAAAGACCACUUUAAAUAAAAAAGAAGAAAAAGACUCGGCAGGUCAAGGAGAGCUUGAAUCAGAUAAAGAAAAAAAAAAAAAAAAAAUUGAAGAAAAUUAUGAAGAAUCGACGAUAACAAAACGUAAAAAUAAAAAACAAUACAAAAGCAAUACCGAAGCGGAACUUGAUUUAUUUCUCACAAGACUAAAAAAUCCAAACGAGAUAGCGAUAUCUUCUAUUGAAAGAGGAGAGAUGAGCCUAGAUAUUCUAAUGAUUGAGAAUAAUUUCACUUUUGAAAAAUUAAUGAAAAAGGGAAUAUUGAUUAUUGAACCUAUCCGUUUAUCUAACCAUAGGUAUUUCAUUGGUUCA